AUGUCGUCGCCAUCGAGACAAGUUAGUAAUCGAAGAUUACCGCCAUUGCCAAUGGGUCCGAAAUUAGUGCCAUUAUCCUAUAACUCAAAUUCAAGCAAUGGUCGACAAACAACCAAUACCGUGAGUACUGGCAAUUCAACUGCAGUAACGACAUCACCUACAUCGGUCAUCAAUAAUGUCACUGGCAAUGGCAGUAGUACGUUAACUACUGAAUUACGUACUGCUGUGGUUGGUAAAAGUUAUGAAAAAUAUCAUAAUGGUGUUGUCAAUAAGAGCAGUACAAGUCCUUCAUAUUAUCACUAUCAUCCAAAUGAUCCUGGAAUUACAACAGCGACAACAACCAAUAAUAGCAGUAACUUGUUAACUGCGACGGUCAGUCCUAUGUUUAACUAUGGAUCAAAAUGCUUUAUGUUGACACUAAUGUAUGAUUAA